AUGGACUCACGACCUGCAAAGGCCGCUGCAGCGUCGGGCGGUGCUUCGGUGUUGCUGGAGGAGUCGCAUCUUCACCAAGCCUACAAGGAAGUCACUCGUGGUGGACGUCAACAUCUACAAGGCAUAUAUACGCCCAAGGGACGUAUCCCUGAAAAUGGGCAAGAGGCAGAAGAGCAAGAAAACUUGGCCAAGAUGGCAGAGCAGUACAAGGCCAAGAAGAAGGAGCUCAAAAAAAAGGCAAAAGGAUUGAACAAAUCGGAUGUGGAGUUUGAGGAUGAAAGAGUCCAGAGAAAGGCAGCAAAGAUCCUCUCCAAAGCAUCUGAAGUGGAAAAGUCUCAGUACAAGGAGAUCUUUAGCUAUUUCGAUGCUGAUGAGGAUGCAUGCUGGGGGUCCAUAGAGCUGGCCCAGCGUAUGACAGAUUUGGGCUAUGCCACGAGUGUCGAGGCUGCAUCCAAUCUCCUCUAUUUCGCUGGUGUUCGAGACGUGGAUAGGAUCACGUACGAAGACUUUGUGACGAUGAUGCCAAAGCUCCAGGCUUUCCGAAAACUCAUGGAGAAGGACUUCAUGCUUCAUUUCCAGGAGAAGGAUGAUGGCACUGGUCACAUCACUACUCAGCAUUUCAAAGAGUUGCUCCUCCAAUUGGCCGGUCCUGAUGUCAUCGAUGAGACGCAGAUGGCGGACAUCAUAAAGAAAGCGGACCCUACACGAGAAGGCCGCGUGACCUUCGAAAGCAUGAUCUUGGCCCUCUUCGGAUCCCGGCCCUUGUUGCCCUACCAGCCACCACAACGCCACAAGAGCUUCAUGGACUUGGUGCUGGACACCUUGGGUCAGCUUUGUGGUACUUCCAGUCCACCUUCCAAGACCCAGCAGCAGCAGCGUUAUGUGAGUGAUGUAGCGCCGCCACUGCCGCCUUCCCGGUGA